UUAAUUAUUUCCUCAAUUUUUUUCAGGGUGUCCAAACUAUAUAUUUAACGCUUAUGGUGUUUGCACAUUUUUUGAAUAUAUUCAGAUUUGGGCAAAAAUCAGCCAGCAAGCUCUACUCGGUGGCGGAUUAUUUAUUUACAUCUGUAGCCACACCGAUGGCAUUUCUAGUAAGUAUAGUAUUUUGGGUUCUUUUCACCAUUGACCGAGAGCUUGUGUUUCCUAAAGUUUUGGAUAUGGUAAUACCAGUUUGGGUGAACCACUCUAUCCAUACUUUUAACUCGCUUAUUGCGAUAGUGGACAUGGCCUUAGUCAAUCACAAAUUCUCGAGCUGGACUAGCUCUUUGAAAGGAACGUUUACUUAUUUAGCACUCUACGCCGUAUGUUUGUACGGGACUUAUUUUCAAACUGGGAUUUGGCUCUAUCCCGUCCUUAAGGAAAUGGACUGGCCAAUGAGAUUCGCCUUUUCUUUAAGCAAUCUUUUCAUUGCAGUCUUUAUGUUUGCACUUACAAAAGGCGUACAUAAAGUAUUCUGGGGAAGUGUAGCUCCAGAGAAAACCAAACGGAGUGGAAAACAGAAGAAAAAGUAGAUACGAGUUUGAGUAAAUUUUUUAACUUUUUUUAAAUUAUUUUUUUAUUUGUUUAAAUUUAAACAAUUGUUGGUUGAAUAUCGAGUUUUUAAAUUGUGCUAUUUGUUUCUAUUUUCAUUUUCUACGGUAAUGUUUACUAGAAAACUAUUUUGCAUAAUACCUUCAUCUUCUUGUAAUUUAUCAACUUGCUAUGAGGAAUAUUAAUCUUUGUGAUAAUACAAAAUUGUUGAAGUCUUGAAAUAAAACAGGAAAAUAAGGAUGUGAACUUUA